GUUCCGCACUGAGUAAUGUUACCGUUAUACACCACACCUCUAACGUCUCUUUCCAUUUCUAUAUUUCAAAUCUUCAACACAACACCCUACAAUUUUUAUACACAACAUUCAUUCACAAUCUCUUCAUUCAUUCAUUCUGCAACAACAAUGGCACUUAGACCCAUUGAUAACGCUCUCCCAGCAACAACCCAAGACCGACCCAAAAAACAACCUAAAAUCGCUGUCGCAGCAACCGUAAAACAACAACAACAAAAACCUAUUGCUUCCAAUGACGAAAAUCAAGUUCCAUUGGAACCCUCCAUUGAUUAUAUCUCAUCCGACAACCUUAAACCCAUGUCGGAUCCCGAAGCUCAAAUUCAAAGUUUGAUUGAAGAUUUGGAUUCGAAAAACUGGAUCAAGGUUUGUGAAUCGCUGAAUGAUGUUAGGCGAUUCGCAUUGUACCAUUCUUCUCUUCUAUUACCCAUCUUGGAUAAAAUUGUGUUGGUGGUGGCUAAGACAAUGAAGAACCCUCGUAGCGCUCUUUGUAAAACCUCUAUUAUGGCUGCUUCUGAUAUUUUCAAUGCUUUUGGUGACAAGUUGUUUGAUCCUUCUAUCUCCGAUGCAUUUGAUAGCUUGAUGUUGCAGCUGCUUCUUAAAGCUUCUCAGGAUAAAAGGUUUGUUUGUGAAGAAGCUGUGAAAGCACUUGGAUCAAUGGUGGGUACCAUGACACCUCUUCCAUUGCUUCAGAAACUAAGGGUAUACGUGAGUCACACCAACCUUAGGGUCAGGGCUAAAGCUGCUGUUUCGCUAUCCAAAUGUGUCUCCAAGAUGCAGGGGAUUGAGGAAAUGGAAGAGUUUGGGAUGGAAAAGUUGAUUGAAGUUGCAGCUGAUUUACUGAAUGAUAGACUUCCAGAGGCAAGAGAUGCAGCAAGAAGUAUUGCAACUUCAGUGUAUGAGGCAUUGAUUAAAGAUGUGGAAGUGGAACAGAAGAUGGAGGUGUGGCAGAGCUUCUGCCACUCAAAGCUAACACCAAUUCACGCUCUUUCAAUUUUGAAGAUAGUUAAGCCUUAGAAUUGGAGGAAUGUUUCUUUUGUGUAGAUGUUUGCUCAUACUUGAGGCAUUUUUAGAAUUUUAGCUUUAUUUGUGCCAAUGCUCAUGAUUCUACAUGAGUAGCCAUUAUCAAAAAUAAAAUUUCAUUUUGUUUGAUGUAGCUA